UGUCUGAGCACAUUUCACACAAAACUCCAGACUAACCUGUUGAGGGGAGUGAAGGAAGCCGAGAAACACUGCCUUGGAAAUGCCACAAAUAAAGCGCUGGAGCCAAUACGGAAGGAUAACCGAGGCUGUCACAGGACACUCCUUGCCUUGUGCAAAGGUGAUGGAUAUUACAGAUCUAGCAGUGGAAAUGUAGUUGAUCUGAACUAUACUCUGACAGCACCCAUGUACAUCAGGAUGAAUGAAAAUAAUCUCUUUCUGGCAACUUUUGGUUCUGGGAGUUCGAGGCGAUCGAUCAAGGGGAACUUUGACAGUUUCCAAGAGGACUUCAUCAAUGCUAAACUUGAUGGUUACAGAGAGGAGGCAGGGAUGUACCUCCGUCUGGUGUACAUUAGGACAGAGCAAAGGAAAUUACUGAAGAAGUUGGAAAGGCAAAUCCUUCAAAGGAAGAAGUCCAUCUAUAAUUCUCUCAGCGAUUCAAUCAGGGACACCAUGAGGUUGACAUAUGAAGAAUGCACUAGAAUCAGUGGAAAAUCUGCUUUCACUGAGAUUCAAAAGAAACUGAAAACCAAAAUCGAGUCUUCUAAAAACACCAUGUUCAAAGAAGCCAAAGACAAGAUGCUGAAACAGUUCAGUGAUCUACAGACGUGGAUUUUGGAAGAAAUUGAUACAAAGAUGAAGUCUGCCUUGAGGGUGGCACUACAGCAGAUCCCUGAUGAUGUCACUGAUCUCCCAGAUGUUCAGGAAGAAAUUGACAUGAUGAAACGAUGCUGCGAAGAUUUGGACCUCAAGAUUUUCUUUUAAGAGA